AUGGCGGUGACUGAGGCCCUCUCUCUCAACUGUGGCAGCUGCAGCCCUGUGUGGCCUGGCAGUGCGCGCAGCUCCUACGGUGCCUUCUGCAAGGGGCUCACACGCACGCUACUCACCUUCUUCGACCUGGCCUGGCGCCUGCGUGUGAACUUCCCCUACUUCUACAUGGUGGCCUCCGUGAUGCUCAACGUCCGCCUGCAGGUGCGGAUCGAGUGA